AUGGCUUCUUCUUAUUCUGCUAAUAUACUUUCUUCUGCUAAUUCACCUUCUGCUAAUAUACCUUCUUCGGCUAAUUCACCUUCUUCGGCUAAUUUACCUUCUUCUGCUAAUUCACCUUCUUCGGCUAAUUUACCUUUUUCUGCUAAUUCACCUUCUAAUACACCUUCCACUAAUACAUCUUCCACUAAUACACCUGUCCCAAUCGUACCAAAUGCUCCACAUGUUCCAAACAAAAGUCUAGUGUGGCUUUUCUUUGCUUUAUUCGCUAGUACUGAACACGCUAUCAAGAGAAAAACAUAUCAAAGACACAAUGCUGCAAUUUAUCCU